CAUUGUCAGGCCAAUUUUGAGUUUUAGGAAAUUGGCUUAAUUGCCUUGUCGCCCUAUUACCACGAGGAUCUUGACGCCUUGUUUUCUCGUUUCGCAACAUCCAUACUGUCAUUACCGUUAUCAUGAAAUUUACAUCUUCAGUCUUGCAGCUUUUGUCGCUGUGCCAAAUCGCGUCUGCAUCGCCAUGCAAGCCUUCUUCUUCAACUGUCACUUCGGCUACGCUAGCAAGCACCACUGAGGCCACUGAGACAGAGUCAUCUACGACUUUUAGCUACGAAACUACAGCCCCUACCGAGUUUGAGACAUUGGCCGACUCAUCUACCAUCGCCACUUCGGUCGCAACGUCAAGCGUUGAGGUUGAGCCCACGACAACCACCACUGCCGCAUCGGGACCUACCAAUCUGAUUAGCAACCCCGGUUUCGAAGAUUCAACCGUCGCGCCUUGGACCAUUUACAACAACGUCGGAGCCUUGGAUAUAGCCAGCGGUUCAGGCCUCCCCCCAUCCCCCCAAGCAGGGCGAUUCAGCGCCUCUGGAGAAAACCUCAGCAACAUGGGCAUCAGCCAGAAUCUUGAUUCAUCCUUGAUCGUCGUCGACCAAGGGUAUCGCUUUUCGGUCUACACCAAAGUUACAGCCUCCAACUUUUGCAUCUCUCAAACGAUUGCAUGUGGUGCAGGAACAGGUUUCGUAAACUCGGCGAAUUGGGGUGCAGUGCAGGCGAACGGUUGGCAACUGACGACGGUUACUUGUUCGUGGAAUGAGGCUCAGUUAGAUGCUGGACCGAGUGUUCAGGUCACGGGGGUGUGCAAUGGUCUGACGUUUCUGGCUGAUGAUGCUUCUUUGGUCGCAACUGAGGCAUCGGAUUAGUUAAACUGUGACUGGGGGGAAUGUUAUGGUUCUGGUCAUAUUUACCUUGAACCAAAGACCUUAUCAAUACUAUAUGCCCUUCUGUAGGCCGUUGAAUAGUUUUCUUCUCUAUUUUCUUUUAUCACUGCAUACCCCCGCCCAAGCCAGGGGUGCAUGUUGGUCCGAGGUUCAAUUCAGCGACGCCACAUUCAAUAGUUUUACAAUAGACGAUGAGCAGCUACCAAGCGUAAGACAAAAAGAAAAUCUGGUCCGCGGAGCUGAAAUGUCACAAUGGAUUGAUUUGUUAUUCAAGCUAAUUUAGCGUC